AGGGAGCCGCGGUGCACUGCGGGAGGGCCGGAGCAUGGCGGCGCCCGUAGGGCGGACUGUGCUUGGGGUGGCCAAGGGCUGGCGGCGGCUCGAGGGGCUCCGGACCGCUAGCCUGGGUUCUCGCAGCCUGUCCCUCGCGGCCGGACCCUCGAGCAGCGGGUCUCCAUGGCGUCUUUUGGGCGCGUUGUGCCUGCAGCGGCCACCGCUGGUUUCGAAGCCGCUGACCCCGCUGCAGGAAGAGAUGGCGGCUCUCUUCCAGCAGAUUGAGGUAGAGAGAAGUAUGUAUUCAGACCAUGAGCUUCGUGCAUUGGAUGAAACCCGCCGACUGGCAAAGAAGAAAGCUGACUUGUAUGAUGAGGAAGAUGACGAACAGGAUAUACUGCUGGUGCAGGAUUUGGAAGAUGUAUGGGAGCAGAAAUUCCUACAGUUCAAACCUGGAGCUCGCAUAACAGAAGCCGAUAAAAAGAAUGACCGAACCUCACUGCAGCGGAAGCUAGACAGGAACCUUGUUCUGUUGGUCAAAGAGAAGCUUGGAGACCAGGAUGUUUGGAUGCUUCCCCAGGCGGAGUGGCAGCCCGGGGAGACCCUCCGAGGAACAGCGGAGCGAACCCUGGCCACACUCUCAGAGAACAACCUGGAAGCCAAGUUCCUGGGAAAUGCCCCCUGUGGCCACUACAAGUUCAAGUUCCCUCAGGCAUUGCGGACAGAGAGCAGCCUUGGUGCCAAAGUAUUCUUCUUCAAAGCCCUGCUAUUAACUGGAGACUUCUCUCGGACCAACAAGAAGGACCAUCACGUCUGGGUCUGUAAGGAGGAGCUGGGUGACUAUUUGAAACCCAAGUAUCUGACCCAGGUUAGGAGAUUUCUUUUGGACCUCUGAUGGGCGGUGCCACCUGUGGACAAUACUCGACCAGACCUGGGACGGUGCCUCAAGGACAUCAUGUACUUAUCCCAUCUUUGCAGGGAACAGCAUGCAGCCAACUAAAUUCAGAGAAAUAAACAAGUUUA